ACCAAAAUUUUCUCAGCUUUUUCAAAUUUUCAACAAUGCAGAGGUCAACUAAACUCACUGAUGAACAAGAGUUUUCAAUCAUGGUUAAUGCUUUAACCAAUGUGAUUACAGGUACUACCCAUACUUUUCCUGUCACUCCCAGUGCCACUAUUUCAUUACCUUCUACGAGUAUGUCUUAUUCUAUUGAGCCGCCCCAGUUUCAUGUUGCGAUAGAACCAGAGCGUUGUCAAUUCUGCAAAAUAAAUGGUUGUUUAGGCUGCAAUUAUUUUGCAACCUCAUCAGCCGCGGCUGGUGUUAACAACUACAAUACAUUAAACAUUGUUGCGAAGAAGAAGAAUUACAGAGGAGUGAGGCAGAGACCACGGGGAAAAUGGGCUGCGGAAAUUAGAGACCCGAGAAGGGCAGCCAGAGUAUGGCUUGGAACAUUUACUACAGCAGAAGAUGCAGCUAGAGCUUAUGACAGAGCAGCUAUUGAAUUUAGAGGUCCAAGAGCUAAACGUUAAUUUCAUUUUGCAGAUUACACAUCAAUUCAACAACACAACAAUACACCCCUGCAAGUGCAACAACAACAAUCACCGCCCUCGCCCUCGCCCUCGCAGUUACAAAAGGGAAUGAACACAGAAGAAGAGUUCUGGGAUGAAUUGAUGAAUUCGGACAAUGAAAUUCAACAUUACUUUAAUGGAGAAUCUUCUAAUUCUGCCAAUGCCUAUAUUGCUCAUAGCUUCUGAUCAUUUCCUAUUUUAUAGCGAAUACGACGCAUAUUGCAUGCCCAUUUAGUUUCGAUAGUAUCAAAUUAAAUUUGCUUUUCAA